GCCAUGUUUCUGACGAGUAGCCGAGAUGAUUCUUAUGAAAACAGUCUUCUUCUUCUCCCUGGCCUUUAUUAACUGGCCCAGAUGAUUGUAUGACUAGCUCACUGUGGAAAGCUCGAACACGUCCUGCACGCUCUUUCUGUGGAAGGAGUCACUCUUGAAUCUCUUGAAGUUUAAGGACUUUCUCAGAAGUAAGCUUUUGUUGCCAGUGCAAAGAAAUUGGAGACGUGUGACCUCACCCUCUGGCUCGGAGGGGCUCUACCUCUAAUUGUUUAAUCCCCGAUGCAGCUUUGGGCACAUGAUGAAAUCCAGUCAUUGCCCCGAGAGGGAAUAAAUGAUUACCUCAGCAAGACGAAUCAACACAGACAAACCUGAAGUUCAAAUCUCCUUCAGCCUUGAUGAGUCCUCAGAGCUGACCGAUGCAGAGGAUCGAUUCCCAUCUUUCCCUGACCUUGAGCAACGCUUGCAGCCAGUGUUGCCAUGUCAGUCUCUAAAGGAGUCUGUCCAAGUCUACAGGGACCAUUGCAGAAUGGCGAAAGAGUUUCACCAGGUUAAAACAGAAAUCGCUCUGUUGGAAGACAGAAAAAGGGAGCUGAUAGCUGAACUGGCUGAGGAUGAGAGGGUCACACUGGAGAUCGCUAGACUGGAGGAAGAGUUCCGGCUUUUGACAGAGGAGAACCAUACCCUCGUCAGCAUGUACACGGAGCGAACUCAGCAACUUGCAACUCUACGCAUACUCAAUCAGAAGAGGCAGGGUUCCUCCUGACCCUUGGCCUUUUGUGCAAUGGUCAGUAUGAAUAUGUUUCAAGAUUUUCUCCCUUAUGAGCCGCAUAACACCGCAACAUUGGGGUCUGCUACAUUGUACAGUACAUUUAACGUUUAACAUCCCAUUAGCUGUUUUAACCCCAACAGCAGUUCAAAAUGGUGAACUUUAUACUAUGUGAGGUCAGUACAUUAGAAAGGGAGGAUUGCAUAUUAAGAAGAGUUUUCUUUGAGACAAUUACAUCAGGUUUCAAGCUGUAUCACUAACUAAGAGGGACAAUUGCUCUCUAGCACUUAUUGAUUGUAUAAUACAGAUCUUAGAAUUCUGAGCAACUGUUAAGAUGACUAAAGGGAUUUAAUUCGGAACCUGGAUGUACAGUUUAAAAUAACCAUUGAUAAAUAAUGGGUACAGUCAGCUGUGUCCUGUAAAGCAUAAUAAAAAAUAAAUUGUGCUGAGAUAAUACCAAUCUGAGCAAGUAAACACUUUCACACUAGUAAAAUUUAGACAACUGUUUAUAUAAUCUGCACUAGAAACCAGAGGAUUAUCCAUUCGGACUCCUAUAUGGGCUCGGGUUUGGGGUUUGUAUGUUGUGUAUACAGUUUAUGCAAAUAUACAUAAUUUUGACAUAAAUACAGAGCAACAGUUUGUUCUUUAAUUGUACUUUAUUAUAAUCAUAUGUAACCUAUAAAUUCCAAGCAUGCAAACAAAAUGAUAACCAUAAAUGAAUUCAGAAAAUGCAUAUGCACAUUAUAUUAUGAUUAUGGUCAAAUUAAUCACAUCUAUAAUCUUUCAUUAAUC